CUGAUCUGUCCAAUUAAAGUGUAAAUAUUAUAUCAAGUGCUGAAAAUAAGGCUUGCGUAAAAGAAAGGAAGAGAGGACGAAGGUUGACAGCGUAAGGACUGAAGACUGGCGUGUGUGGCGUGUCCGUGGUGUGUGGUAUACUGGAUUACGUUCUUUAGUGGUGUUCUGGUGUUGUGAGUGAGUUCUAAAGACUGAUUCGAACCUGUAAGAUUUAAUAAAGUGUUUUUUUUUUUUUUUUUUAUAUGUAAGUGGUGUUGAAAGUGACGACUGUGCAAAGGAGAGGAAGAAGCAAUGCAUUCUUUGGGGUUGUGUUGCAAUGAAUGAUUCCUGAACGUAUGUAACUCCUUCCCGCAGCCUCUCGCUGUCAACUCUAAUGAAGUGAAAAUAUACAGGUGGUGAAAGUCAAGGGGUUCUAUAGAGGAAACGAAACAGUAAUCCAUUCUCUGGGAUUGUCUUGUGGUGAAUGCUUCCCAAAGCCUAAUCUGAAUCCACAAAGUGCGAUGAAGUGAAAAUAUGCAUCUGUUGAAAGUACACGGGUUUUAUAAAGGAGAUGGAUUGCCAAAUUCUCUCUUUGUGACAUUACGAAUAAAGAAAUAGUGAAAAAGGGAAAGAGAAAGGGAUGAUAUUGCAUUAAGUUGUUAUAAUGAUGAAACUGGAGUGUUGAAACUAAUGUUGUACUAGAGUUAAGAGAAAAAAGAGAAAUUAGAGGAUGAAAGCACAAGAACACAAGGGAAGCUGCAAGAACUAGAGUUACAUAUAAGAUUCCCUGUGACGAUUGUUAGUUUAGCGGACAGAUGAGGGAUGGUAUAGAGAAGGAAGGAUAAGAUGAUAAGAAAUGGACGUCAGAAUUGUAAACAGAGGAUUUUAAAGUACAGAAACACAAGGGAAGCUGCAAGAAACCAUUGGGGAUACAUAUAAGAUGAUCUCCUUAUUAGUUUAGUAGAAAUAAGCAUGAUAUAGAGAGAAGGAAGGAUAAGAUGCUAAGAAAUGGACGUCAGGAUAUAAAGGAGACGAGAAAUGAAGAAAGAUAGAUAAAGAUUAUGAAGAUUAUAACGAAGAAGUAAAUUUUGAUAGUCCAUUAUUCAAUAUAAGGAAGUAACACAAAAAAAAUACACUUUGUAUUCAAGCUAAGACUGUAUUAGCUCCAAGAAGACCAGAAAUAAUUUGUUAACUUGUGUAUUCAAUCUUUAUCUUCCAAAGCAUCUAUUUACAUAACAAAACACGAAGGAUUGAAUAUAUAAACAAAUUGGGCGACUAAGACGUAACUCUCUCUCUCUCUCUCUCUCUCUCUCUCUCUCUCUCUCUCUCUCUCUCUCUCUCUCUCUCUCUCUCUCUCAACCAGACACUCACCCAGACAGACAAGGUCGGCCACAAUUUUCUUUCGUACCACUGAGCAUAAACACAAGAGCCCUCGCAGUGGUAGUAGCAGUAGUAGCAGUAGUAGUAACUGUGGUGGUGGUGGUGGUGGGACCCUUAAUAAUAGUGUGACAAAGACCGCAUCACCAAUGGGAGAAACACUUGUGAGAACUCGACAAAUCAUCUCUGUGGCCCUUGAAACCAGUCCACGUAUAGAAACUUCACCCAAAUGCGCAGAAAACCUUAGAAACACGUGAAACUUCUUGAAAAACCGCGAAAAACUGCCGGAACUUCACUUUUAAACGCUGACACCUUAAAAAAAAAAAAAACACGUAUAGCUUCACAGAAAACGUCUAAACUAACAAAAACUCCAAAAUCAAACCAUAAAAACCUCACAAAACCCAAGAAACCCCUAAAAAACUCCCUUAAGGACUCCAAACCCCCUCAAAAUGGCACCUAGAAGAAGAGACGUCAACCCAACGGCCCCUCCGGAAGACUACACGGCUUGUGACGUCGAGACUCUUGAAGACCACAACGUCAGCCACGCGACUUCGAAGGAUAAUCUGAUAGAGGAAGAAGGGAACUUUAAACUCAAGAAGGAGCUGGGUUUGAUGGACGGGGUGGGAAUAAUAGUGGGGAUUAUAAUAGGCUCUGGAAUCUUCGUGUCUCCAAAGGGCGUGUUGCAGUUUAGCGGAAGUAUUGGGGUGGCGUUAAUUGUGUGGGCUGUGUCUGGCAUCCUGUCCCUCGUGGGUGCUUUGUGCUACGCUGAAUUAGGUUGCCUCAUCCCUCGCAGUGGCGGAGACUAUGCUUACAUUUACGAGGUGUUUGGGCCCAUACCAGCCUUCCUCUUCCUGUGGGUCACCCUGAUCCUCAUCCUGCCCACCUCCAACACAGUGAUGGCCCUCACCUUCGCCACCUACAUCACCAAGCCAGCCUUUCCGAACUGCGAGGAAAUUCCGGAGAUCCCCACCAAGCUCCUGGCCGCCGUGGUGAUAUGCUUCCUGACGUGGCUGAACUGCGCUAACGUGAAAUGGGCAAAGACAGUGCAGAGUGUGUUCACGGCUGGCAAGGUGCUCGCCCUUUCCCUCAUCAUUGGCGCCGGCAUCUACCACCUCGCCUCUGGACACACGGAGAACUAUCAAAAAAUGUUCUACAAUACCAACUGGAGCGUCACUGGCAUCUCCACGGCCUUCUAUCAGGGUCUCUUCUCCUUCGCUGGCUGGAACACACUUAACUUCGUGGUGGAGGAGCUCAAGGAACCGUACAAGACACUUCCUCGAGCCAUCUGCAUUUCACUCCCGAUUGUGACUGUGAUCUACUUCCUCACCAACGUGGCUUAUUUCGCUGUACUGGACUCCGACGCGAUCCUCUCCUCCAACGCUGUGGCCCUGUCCUUCUCCAGCGAGGUACUGGGGGUAGUGACGUACGCCAUGCCACUCUUCGUCGCCCUGUCCACCUUCGGCAGUCUGAACGGGCUGAUCUUCGCCUGCUCCCGCCUCUUCUUCGUGGGUGCGAGGGACGGCCACCUUCCUCAAGUCCUGGCGCUUAUCAACACUAAGAACUACACGCCAGUCCCUGCUCUAGUUUUCCAGGGAAUCAUGACUCUUUGUAUGCUGUCCACCUCAGACACUCUCGUCCUCAUCAACCUCGUCAGUUUCUCCGAGUCAGUGUUUGUGUUCAUGUCCAUCCUCGCGCUUUUGUGGCUUAGAUACAAGUUCCCAAAUAAGAAGAGGCCCAUUAAGGUAUGGCUGUGGGUGGCAGUUCUAUUCUUCAUCGUCUCUAUAUUCCUGGUGGUCUUCCCUGUGGUGGAGCGCCCCGUGGAACUUGGCAUCGCUAUCGGCAUCUGUCUGGCCGGAGUUCCCGUGUACCUCCUCUGUGUCAAGCUGUCACGGAAGUCCCAAAAGUUUUGUGCAUUCAUGAGCAAAGUUACGUCUGUCUGCCAGUUGUUGUGCACUGGUCUGCCAGAGGAGGAGGAUGACGAGGAGGAGAAGCAGAGACAGGAGGGUUCUGGUGGUGAUGGGAGGGAAUGAAAGGUGACGAUGAUGGUCUGAAUAAUAGCUGUGAUCAGGGUUUGUAAGUAUGUGUUGUUACGUUAAGAUGUAAGAUUGAGUGAUCUGAAAAAUUAUACGGAAGCAGGAAGGUCUGAAUACGAACUGUGAUCAAGGUUUUUAGUAUGUGUUCGUGUGGAUGUUAAGUUGAUAUAAGAUUGAGUAGUGAGUAAGGUUGGAGCAGUGCUGCUGAGCUGGUGUUCCGAAACAAGUAUCCCACAGUGUUUGCGUCCCUGUCUGUCCACUACCCAAAGCUUAUCCCAAAAUGAUCGCUAUAGUGUUGGCCGCUGAGUGGUCCGAGUGUCAUAUUGUCACAUUUCCUAGCUCUAAGAUACCGUAAGAUUGCUUAAGUAUUAGAGUAUUUAUAAGUAUAGGACGUAACAUGGUAAUUUUUGGGGUCAUUAAGCUGGGGUAUGGACACUUGUGGGAUAGAUUGGGUGAUGAGUUAAUGUACACUGGGACAGAUGUCUUAGGAGUCCGCAGCAGUAUAUGGCAAGCUUGUAAAUAAUAUGAUAAGAUUACGGUGGUUUGCAUGUUAUGAAAGUACAGUAUUUGAAAGUGUACAAGUGCACUUAUCAAACAUUUAGUGCCUCAUCUCGCCAAUUAACAGGCUCCAAUGGAAGUUAUUGUACGAUUAAGUGUGUAAAUAAUAUGAUGUGAUAGUUAUGAUGGUUUACGUGCUAUGAAAGUAUUUGAAAGUGUAGAAGUUCAUUUAUCAAACAUUUAGUGCAUUCUCUCAAGUGAAAACUAUCUGCAUGAUUAAGCGUGUAAAUAACGUGAUCCAAGAGUUAUUAUUAUCUGUAAGCUAUUAUGAUAGUACUUAAAAAUGUGGAAAUGCAUUUAUCCAACAUUAGUGUCUCAUCUCAAUCACUUUAACAGGCUUUAAUGAAAGUUAUCAGCACUCUCAAUGGUGUUUUCAUGAUUCUAGUGAUAGUUCAACAACAUAUCUACAUCAUAGGUAAGAAGAACAUCCUUAGAAACCUGUGCAAUAAUCUCUGUGGCCUUUGAAAGUUAUCCUUAUGAGAGAAGAGAGUUUAGAAUCAUGGGGUCUUUGAGAGUACGACAUCUGUUGCUCAAGUACGUUUCUUUCUCUGUUUGCGAGCUUCUGAAGGCGAAACAGACGGAGAAGUUGUAAAGAGAACACAAUAUGAUAAGUUUCAAAUAAAGAAGAAAAUAACACGUAAAAUUAUUAACUAUAUUGCUCAAGUUUGGUUCUUUCUGUCUGUUUGCGAGAACACAAUAUGAUAAGUUUCGAAUAAAGAGGAAAAGAACG